CUCAUCUCGGCCGUUGUCUCUGCCUCAUAGUUCUACCGAAUCAAGGAGCGAAAAGGCGUUCUCGUUCCAUCGCGAAUUCAAAAAAGAAAGAGCGGAAAACUUCUAUUUAAUGCAACGGAAAAAACACUUUUUUUCUUUUUGCUAAUUCCAAGGCAUUAUUCCCUAUACACAUCCAGGAAAUCCAAUCAGCUUCUUUGAAUACCGUGACUGUUAGCAGCACUGCAGCUUCAGCUUCUACUAAGCUGUACCAAAAAUCCCUUGUGCGUUCCCGUUUCUCACUUCAGUUUCAUUUCUGCCCGGAAGUUCAUGGCUUUUAACUUCAAUCUGCCCUUUCUGAUCCUUGUUGCUAUAGUACCCUUUGCUAUCUCCCAGACUAACAUCGAAGCACCACCUCCUGCGGCCAAUUCCUGCAAUGGGAUUUUUUUGUCCUACCAAUAUGGAGGAGGAACCCAGCUCAAGCCCACUAAUCCAACCCACCAGCCCUACAGAUUCGAGUCCACGUUGAGUAUACAAAAUAACGGCCUUGAUCAGCUCAAAUCUUGGAAGGUUUUUGUGGGUUUUAAGAAUGAUGAGUUUUUGGUCUCUGCUUCUAAUGCUAUUCUUGCUGAUGGCACUAGCUUGCCUGCCAGCGUUGGUAAUGGGACUAUUUUUGCUGGAUAUCCUAUGACUGAUCUCAAAACGCCAAUUGAGACUGCAGGGGAUUACACUCAGACCUCUGUUCAGGUUAAGCUGUUGGGGACUCAGUUUGGUGUCCCGUUGAAGGAUGUGCCUUGGCCAUCUAAUAUCGCGCUUGCUAAUGAUGGCUUUGUUUGCCCUAAGACUACUAAGGAAGGUAGUAUGAUGUAUGUUUGUUGCACCAGAGAUGAGAACUUUAAAUCAAACAUCAGUGUGGAGGAGGAAUUCCUGCCUCGCCAGAAUGGGGAUCUAACAAUUAUUUAUGAUGUAAUCAGAACAUAUGAUUCCAAUUACUGGGCACAGGUUUCCAUUGAAAAUCACAAUCCCCUUGGUCGUCUUGAUAAUUGGAAAUUGAGCUGGGACUGGAUGAUGGAUGAAUUUAUCUACACCAUGAAAGGGGCUUAUCCCUACGUAGUUGAUUCAUCUGACUGCAUUUUUGGCCCGCAGGCUACAUUUUAUAAGGAAAUAGACUUUGCCAAUGUAUUGAACUGUGAAAGAAGGCCAACAAUCAUUGACCUGACUCCAACGAAGUAUAAUGACACAACCUUUGGGCUCAAGCCAUUUUGUUGUCGAAAUGGUACCAUCUUGCCACCAUCAAUGGACCCAAGCAAGUCAACUUCAGUUUUCCAGAUGCAGGUUUUUAAAAUGCCACCAGUUCUUAAUCGGUCUGACCUAACACCACCACAAAACUGGAAGAUCAAUGGCACACUUAACCCUGAUUAUCAAUGUGGUCCCCCAGUAAGAGUGAGCCCUAGCCAAUUCCCAGACCCAAGUGGCUUACCAUCAAGUUCAACUGCAGUUGCUAGCUGGCAGGUAGUAUGCAAUAUCACUCACCCCAGGGGUGUGAGCCCCAGAUGCUGUGUAUCAUUUUCUGCUUACUACAAUGAUUCUGUUGUCCCAUGCAAUACCUGCGCAUGUGGUUGCGCUAGUAACACAGAAAGAACUUGUAGUGCGACUGCUCCAGCUGUUCUUCUUCCUCCAGAGGCACUGCUUAUAUCUUCUGAUAAUCGUACGGCCUUGGCUAGGGCUUGGGCUGACCUUAAACAUCAAUCAGUGCCAAACCCAAUGCCCUGUGGAGAUAAUUGUGGGGUGAGCAUUAACUGGCAUUUAUAUACAGAUUAUACCCAUGGAUGGAGUGCAAGGAUCUCAAUUUUCAACUGGGAUGAAAUUGCAUUUCCUGAUUGGUUUGCUGCAGUAAAAUUGGAUAAAGCUGCUGCUGGUUUUAAAGCAAUGUAUUCAUUCAAUGGAAGCAUGGUGAAGGGCGUCAACAGCACCAUAUUCAUGCAAGGGCUUCCAGGAUUGAACUAUCUUGUGGCUGAAACUGAUGGAGCUGACCUGCAAAAGAAUCCUAGGGUGCCUGGAAAGCAGCAAUCUGUGAUCUCAUUUACAAAGAAAUCUAUGCCUGGACUCAAUGUGGCUGCUGGAGAUGGGUUUCCGACUAAAGUAUUCUUCAACGGGGAGGAGUGCUCACUUCCUAAAAUAUACCCAACAGGUAACGGCAAUAGAAGGGAGCCGACUAUGACUUUGUGGAUCUUCCUAGCAACUGUGUUGGGCAUGCUGAUGCAGCAGUAGCUGGCAGAUGAGAAGCUACUUGGUCUUAAUGUGUAUUCUAAUUCUUUUCAUUCAUUCCGGAUUUUCGCAUAUACAUGCUCAUCCAGCAGUGACGCACACCAAGAUUAGCUAAUAGGAGUGUUGUGAAUUUGAUUAUUGCCAGUGGUUGUGCUGUUCUCUGCACAUUCUAAACGGCUGAUAUAUACUAUACUGUGAGAGCAUUGUUUUAAGCGAAUGUACAAUUUGACAUCACGUGUAGGGUUUGAAAAGUGUUAGUAAUUGAUUAGUUUCUUCCUUGUGCUA